AUGAAAAAACUAAAAAGUGCGUUGAAGGGAAUAUGCUUCCAACUAAACAGUAACAAUGAGAAAGAUAUUGAAAAUGGAUUGAAAAACCUGUACAUGUUUAUAAAGGAGAACGAUAAUAUCUCUGAGGAAGAAUACAACACGUGUGUGGAUAUCAUAAUAGAAAAUAAUUAUAUCGAUAUAAUAAUUUUAGUUUUGUCUGCAGAGUCAGAAAAAACGAAGGAAAACAAAUUAGUAUUCAAUCUGAAUCUUAGGUAUAUUGAAAUAGUUUUUUAUACUUUGCACUGGUUACUUCGGAAUAAGUUUGGAAAAAUCUACACCAAUAAGGACAAUAAGAAUGAAUCGGAAUGUGUAGAAGAUAAAGUGAAAAGAAAAAGGGCCAAGUUUGAGGAAAUACAAUUUUAUGAUUUGCAUAAAAAAUAUAAAAAUGCAGGGGUUUUCAAAAAUUUAGGUCUUUUCCUUUGUGAAAAUAUAAACUUUCUCGAAAUUGUCAUUUUAAAAAACUUUAGUUUUAACAGAAUAUUCAUUUUAAAUUCGAUUCUUUAUUUUAUCAUUUUCCAUGAGAAAUUUUAUUUUGUUUUUCUUUCCUCUUCUUUGAUACUUAAUUUGAUUGAAUUGAAAAAAAAUGUUAAAAUGGUUUCUGAGCUGAAAAGAAAAAACGAGUUGCAUGAUUUGGAGCACACUGACUCAGAGUUAGAUGAUGCUUUUAAUUACAAUGUGGAAAACAGAAAGAUUAAUGGAUUGUAUCAAGACGAACAGGAAGAUGAAGAACAAAGUGAAGUAUCUUGGGAUAACUCCGGUAAAGGCCCAGGAGAACAAAUAGAAGAAGAUAACGGGAGAGAUGCACAAAAUGAAUGGAAGGUUCUAUCUUCAAAGGAUAACCAUUUCACAGAAGAUGAAACUCUUCUUUGUAGUUACAAUUUUCAACAGGAAAUAAUAUUUUUGUACAAAUAUUUAGUACAUGAAAAUGGAUUAGGAGAUGUAAGAAACGAGGGUGUAAAAAAUUUAGUUAUGAGAAAUUGUGGCUUUUAUGGAGAAAUGUUAAUAAAAAAGAAAAAUGGAAAAACUGAAUUUUUUAAAGAGGAAAUUAUAGAUAGGAAAAUGGAAAAAAAAAACAAAAAAGGAAGAAACGAAGCUAAUAUUCAAGAAGUGAAUAACAAAGCUGUAAAUAAAGAAGAUUUUGAAGUAGUGAGAUUGUCACUUUUAGUUCUGUGUGCAUAUAUCUACUUAGAAAGCACAAGGGGCGAUAAAAUACACAUGUAUUUUCAUAGCAUCUGUGAAGAGAUAUUCAAAAUAUACUGCAGCUGUGGGGAGUCAUUAAGGUACUACAUUCUUUUAUGCUUUUACGAAAUUUUGAAGAAAAGUGAGACAUAUAAAAAUAUGAAUAUUUUUCUUAAUGUAAUAAAAUUGGUAGGACUUUUUUUAAAUGAUGUACAAAGUGACAUGGACACAACUUUGCUUUUUUUUAUAAACGAGUUGUUAAAGAGUAGGAAAUUUAAUGAAAUUUAUAAAAUAUCCAAGUUUAAUUGCAAUUGCAUCUUCCUAUUGAAAUGUUCAGGGGAAGAUGAGAAAGGGAAUAAGGCCAUGGCAACACCAAAUGAUUGGCAAGUAGAAAAGAAAAGAAAAAGAAAAUCCUCUUUUUCUUCUUAUUUCUCAUCCAAGUAUUGUUUAAUCGUAAACUGUAACAAGAAGGAUCGCGUGGUAGAACUUGACAAUAUGAUUAACGAAUUGUUUGAUGGAGUAACGAAAAUGCAAAAUAAGAGAUAUGUGCAAAUAAGAGAUCUAUUAUUUGUGUUGAGUAUACAGAAAAAAGAUAUCCGUCGUAUGUGUUUAAUUUUCUCUAUCUUAGAAUUAUAUAUAUCGACUUGUAUUAGAGAAACGAAGCAAUAUUUAAUUAUGCACCACAUGAAAGAGGAAGAGGUUUUUCGAUUAAGAGAUAGAAACUAUAACGAUGAAAAACAAAUUAAUAACAAAGUGAAUAAUGCUUUCCUCACCUUUUUAACAGAUCUAAAAAUAAAAUUCUUUAUUAACCAUUACGUAAUUGUAAUAAGUGUAGAAAAAUAUCAUCAUUUUAUUAACCUCUACUAUAGCAGUACGAACGUGCAUGUUGUAACAUGUGAUGAAAAACUCUUUUUCUUUCUUAUGCUUUUUAUCGAAUUAAGCAAAAUAUUUUUUGUACAGAGGACAAAUUUGAUCCCUGUUAUGAAGGAGAAAAAAGAGAUGCACAAUAUCUGUACCCAAGUGAAUAAUUUGUUUUCAUUUCCAUUUAGUGACAUGUCUAUGAACAGAAAAAAUGAAAUCGUUCUAGAGGAUAAUAUUAGAACAACCAAGGAUAAUGAAGAAAGAAAUGGUGCUGGUUCAUGUGGGAAGAAAAGAAAAAUAAGCAUAGCUUCACAAAGUGAUGAAGAUACAAGAGAGGGAGAAAAAUUAAGAAGGAAAAAAAAAAACAAAUUAGAAAUAAGAAAUAGUAUGUUAAAAGAUAAUUCUUUGAAUAGGUCUAGAAUUGAAACAAACACAAGGGAAGGUAGAAAUAAGUGCAGAAUUAAGAUACCUAAGAUAUUUCAGUAUAAAUAUGUUUACCAAAGAAUUAACAAGGAUGUAGUGAGAAAUACAAACUUUUUAAAUUUAUUUACUGAAGUAAUUCAUUACAAAAUACUUGUAGAAUUACACGAAAUGAUGAAAAAAGAUAGGCACAGUGAGGAAAUGAUAAAUGAUCAAAGGGUAGUAAUGCAAAAUAUGAAAGAAUCCAAUAAUUAUAUAUAUAACAUUGAUAAUAAAUUAAAUUACAAUAAAAAAUUAGAAGAAGUUUUAUUUUUUUUUAUCCCUAUGCAUAAUACGAAAUGUAUUAUAUACAAUUUUACAAAGAAAGAUAAGCAUGACUAUUACAAUUAUUUUAUUAUAUCAUAUUUAUAUUAUACAUUUGAAAUUUUCAAAUGUGUAUGCAUAUUUGUAUUAUACCUUGAUUCAUUUAUUCCAAUACCCAAAGGGGUUAAUAAAAUUGCUUUGCUGAACAGAAUAAGGGAAGAUAUAACCCUCAGUUUUUAUAACAUUCUUAGUCCGUACUAUUUAUUCGACGUUGGAUAUAUAAAUAGGUAUAUAAUAAAUGAGAUUAAGGGGGUGAAUAUGUCAUCAAAUGGGUUAUUAAAUAAUUGCGAGAAGGGAAUGAAUAAGAUGGAUAAUUAUACCAGUAACCAAAAUGAAAGAAAUAAUCAGUCACACGUAAGUGUCAAUGUUGAACAUCCAAACAGAAAUGGCAGCGAUUCAGAUGAUUAUACCUUCAACAUUGGCAUGAAGGACCACGAAAUUAUAAAUUCAAGAAAUGAACAAAUCCAAAAAAACGUUGAAUACAUCCUACAGUUACACUAUUUUGUAAAUAAUGUCGACAUUGAUGUGUCUAAUUUGUAUGUUUACCAUUUUGUUAUAGUGACAAAUUUUAUUAACCUUUUUGAUGAUUAUGAAUUGAAGAAAAAACUAUUAAAUGAUUUAUACAGUCAAAAGAGAAUUAUCGAAAUAAGAGAUUUUGAAUUAUUUGCCAAUAUUAAUGAAAAUAUAUAUAAAAUAUUUCUUAAAUCGUUUAUCGAAAAAUGUUAUUUUACCAUGGAAAGUUAUAAUUUGUUAGACAAUUUAUUUUCAGUUUUGAUUUAUUACAAGAAAAAGGUCAUUUUACAGAAUGAAAAGUGCGCAGAAAAUGUGUACGAAAAUUAUUACUAUUUUAUGGAGACAUUUCUGCACAAAAUGUUGAAGAAAACGAAAUUUUUUGACUCACAUUAUAUGGACGAUGUGCUUUUAUUUUUAAAUUUCCUUAGAGCAAUUCCAACCAUUCGUGAGUUUGUAAUUGUGUUGUCUGUUUUUUGUCGAAUUUUUAAUUUUUACAAAAGUAGAUCUCUGAUAGAUUUAGGAGAGGGAGUAACCGACAGGGAAGUCAUAGCAAAUGUUUCAAAUAAAGUUGAUGAGCUCAACACAAGUAGUGAUGAAGAAGAAAACUAUCGUAAGAACAAAGUUUCUUCUUUUUUCAGACUAUUAGUAGAGUUGUUCUUUACAAGUAAUUUGAACUUUGCACUCAAAGGAAUACCCAUGCUAAAGAUCAUCAAUGAUAGCAAGGAAGAAAAACUUACAAAGGGCAAUUCCAGCAAUGUGUUCGAUUAUACAGUUAAAGAUAUCGUGCAGGUGUACAUAAACUACUUGGAUUACAUAACAUAUGUACUGCUAUUGAAUCCGUAUGUGUAUCCAUUUUUCGAAGAAAAAUUAAAAAAAAAGAGAAGCAUAGGAGAAUUGUUUUGCGCCUUUUCAAGAAGGAAAGAUUUGUUUCCAAAUGGGGAUAAUAUGUGUGAUAACGAAGGAAGAAAUAGCAGCAGUUGUGCUGAGGUUAAAGUGGAAGAUAACAGUGGUAUCACGAGCCCAUGUAAUGUGCAUAAUGAAGAGUCAAAAAUGUGUAGGAGUAAUAUGGUAGAAGGUUCAGAAGCAUAUUUAGCAUAUCAAAUCGAGAAGAAACUACUAGAUGUAGCAUUUGAAAAUUUUCAAAAUUUUCAACAAAGUGUACAUAUAUUCUUAGACGAAAUUAAGAAGGUUAAGAUGGGUGAGAAGAGUUCACCUACGUAUCAAGAAGAAAUAGAAAUGUUAUGUGGUAAGGAAUAUGAAAAGGAUGGUACCAACAGUUCAUGUAUGAAUCAAAGUAACUUCCAUUUUUUUUCUCUAAGUGAUGAUACAUCAGAAAGGACUAUCCCAAAUGGAUGCAAAAAUGUUUUGCAGAUUUAUUUGCUAUAUAAUAUUACGUAUGAAUAUACUAGCAUGGGUAAUCUGGAAUGUACAAUGAAGAAAUGCCAAGAAGAGGAACUACUGUUUUGCAACUUGUGCAAUAUAAGUAGUCUCAUAUUUAACUACUUCUUCACCAUUUAUGUAUACAUAAAUAAUAAAAGAAAUGCAAAUAUAGACACUUUACUCAAUAUAGUUUGCAAAAUUAAUAAACUCUUAGAAGUGUAUCUUGCCUUAAGUGGAAAUAUAAAUAGAAAUGUUAACACCUUCAUAAAGCAUACCAGAAAAUAUGAAGAUAUAGAGAAUAUAAUUUCAAGUUGUGAUAAUAGAACGGAAGAAGUAGAUAAACAGAACUCCUCAAACAGUUUCUUUCAAAAGUUUAGCAUUUUAGGAGGUUCCACGUGUUUACAAUUUAUUGAAAUUUUUAAAAAUGAGUUAUUUGGAAAGUUAAUAAUGAAAUUGUUGCAAAAUGUGGAUGAAACAAAUAGAGACGUAUUUUCCCAUUUUAUUCAUCUAAAUUUGUAUUAUAUAUAUAGAAGUAUACAUUUUUUUAAGUUGAAAAAAGAGAAGUAUAAAAGGUCAGUGGCGGAUAGUCUUGUUCGUUUGGCACAAAUACUUGCAGAACAAGAUACACAACACAAGGAGAUGAAAAAAAUUAGAGAAAAAUGUUGCUUCCUGAUUUUGUUUUUGUUACAGAAAUUAAAAACGAAGGAUUGUUAUAUAAAUAAGUUAAUAAUAGGAAGGAGGGGCCCUUCACACGACUGUGACAGGAGUAAACAUUCAAAUGAUACAAAUGAGGAAAGUGUAUCUAAUAUGAAGAGUCAACAUUUUCUUUUAAAACAAGUUACUCUUUUUUUCAUCAACCUUAUGGCAAGUCAAAGGGAUAUAACUGGAUUUAAUAAUGGCAUAAAAAAUGGGUUCAAAUGUAUGCACAAGCAUAACUCCAAUUCAGUGCCACUAUUAAUUAACACAAUCAUGCAAGAUAAAUCUGCAGAAAUUGAAAUGAGCGAUAUCCUAAAUGAGUUGUGUAAAUUAUAUGCUAUAAAAUGUUAUAGAGAGAAAGACUGUUCUCUGGACUGUGCCAUAAUUGAAAAAAUUAUUCAUCAGGAUGUAAGAAGGAAUGGAAAUAGUACAAGCGGUGACAGUACAACCAUUAGUGUAAAUAGUAACAAUGGUGGUAUCUCCAAUCAGUACUUCUUAAGGCACAUAAGAAAUGAUAAAAUACAUUUGCAAUGGUGUGAAGAUGUCGAGAGAAGAGUGAAAGCGUAUAUCCUGAACAAGUAUAUAGACCAUUUUGAUUUUGACACAUCCCAAUUGGAAGAAAAAUUUAAGAAUAGCAAAGAAAAUCUCAUUUUUAUAAUUUUUAUGUACGUAAUGAAAAAUAAAUACAAUCCUCCACUGUUCGAAGAAAUUGAUAAGAAAGUUUUAGACCGCACAGAAUACAAAGAAAUAUUUAAACUUCCUCGAAAAGAAUUUUCUGCUACGUUAGCAGAAAAUUAUUUAAACAAAUUUAUGUCUGCAUACAAAUACGUUCAGAAAAGGGAUAAUAAAAUCAGCUUUCUCUUGUUAAAUAUGAAGAAGGUGAAGAAUAAAAAUUGUCUAUUUAUAGCUUUAUCUAUUUUAUACUUUUUGGGAAAUAUGCUGAGUAAGAAAGAUAGAAUGGUGCAACUGUUUAAAGAGUACGAUAAAAAAAUUGUGAAGAAAAUAUGCGAGGUGAUAUUCUUCUACUUUUAUGGUUACUUUUAUAAAAAUGAUAUAUACAAGGACGAGCGUAUUUUGAAAUGCUACGAAAGAAUUACAUUUUUUUUCUUUAAGAGUUUUUUUAAAAGUUUGAAAAAAGGCAACGCUGAAAUGGGACAUGGCAAUAGUAUUAGUGCACAAGGAGGAGGGACCCAAAACGAAUUCAACAAAAAUGAUACAUUCAAUCAUGAACGAUCGACUUCUUACAACCGAUGGAGAGAUCAAGAUACCAUGGGAACAAGCAAUAACUGUUUCCAUCAUGGUAAUAACAAUGGCAUAAAACAUGAGAACAGUAAUAAGGUUCAUUCAAAUAAUAGCAAACUGAAAUAUAAUGAGAAUUUUAUAAAUAACACUUUAAAAAGGAGAAGUGAUUAUUGUGUUUUGUUGGUUCUACUUCUGCAAUUGCUGAAUCAGAAUAUAAGAAAAUUUAAUCUGGAAAAGAUGGUAGACGAACACCUUUUCGAAGUGUUUAUUCACAUAUCCUUUAUGUUAAAAGGUGGAAGAAAUCAUUUCUACUAUGAAAAUAUAAUGAAGGAAUAUAUAUACAUAUUCAAUGAACACGAUUUUAACAGUUUAAAGAAGGAAAAAAAAAUGUGCACCGUAUUUUAUGCAUAUUUUUUGCUUCUUAAAUAUGCGAAAUUAAGAAAUUUGUGCGUGUUAGCACUAGUCGAAACUUUUUUCAAAGAUGCCAAUAUAGAAAAGGUGCUUCUAUUUCAAAUGGAUGUGUUUAGGGUGAAAAGAAGAAAAAAAAAUUACACCCCAAAUGGUUAUACGAAUGUAAUUGUAAAUAAAAAUGGGGACAAGAAUACCCUUAUUUUUAUGCUCAAACUGAUAAAAAUAUUUUAUGAGGAAUGGUAUGAUAUGAGUAAGGACACAGUUCUAAAACAAGUAAUAAAUUUAAAAACUCUAAAUAAGAAUAUAUUCAACGGAUUGAAGAAGUUGUACAAUUAUACACUAGAAAACAUAGAUAUCCACAUAAGAAACAUUUUCUUUGUUGACAUUUCACAUUAUUUAAAAUCUGUUACUAUGGAAAGUAUACUGGACAACAAGCUAAUUGACGAAGUUUUGAAAUUUAAAGAAUUUAAUUUAAAUAGCGAUGCCAAUUAUGAUUGGUUGAAUAUGAACACGAGUAUGUUAAACAAAACUUGCCUCUACUUUUAUAUAAAUGAAAAUGUGCGCAGAAAGUUGGAAAAUGGAGAAAACCAUUUUUCAUUUUAUCUUCACAUGAACAAGUCAGGAAAAAGUGAGUGUUGUGAAGAAGAAGUUGGUGUGUUGGAGGAAGGAGAAGAAGAACGCAAUAGUGAGGACAGUUGUAGCAAAAAUAGGGGAGUUUCAAAUCGUGCUGCACUUGAUAGUUAUGAUGCCAAAUCGGAUGUCGGUAAAUUGUGCAUGCAAAAAUGGUCCUCGAGUGAUAACGGAACAGAAUGGAUUAAUAAAAAAGGGGACAUAGUUUUUAAGUAUUGCAGAACACAAUUACCCCAUUGUCUAAUGAGUCAAAAUGAUUACAUUAAAAAAGAAACAUUUUUUUUAGCACAUAAAAACAAAUUAAAGGAUAACAUAUAUGAUUACCUAUUUUUGUUGUGUUUAAUUGUCAGCAAAUUAAUUUUUUGUUUUAUAUUGAUGUCUGAAAAAUUGAGAGUUUUUUUUUAUCAUUUUAGGAUUUUGUACACAUGUUAUCAUCAUGAAAAAGUAUUUUUAAAUUUUGAUUUGUUAAAUAUGCAGGAAAUUAAUAGAAAAAUAAAAAGUUACAUAAAGAAAUAUCCUGAUAUUCAUUUUUAUAUAGAUUAUGAUAACAAUGAAAAUGAAGAAAGCAAAACAUAUGGUGGUGGUGGUGAUCAGGAACAAAAUUCCUAUACAGAUAACAGGAAGGACAAGAAAAAUUGGCUUAACAGUUACAACAAUGGGAUAUCUCAAACUAAUGAAUAUGGAAAUAAUAAUUUCCCUUUUAGAAACUCUAACAAACUUAUAACAUAUGAUGAAGAGAAAGAGCAUUUUUACCAUUUGAAGAAAAAUGAAAAAAACAAUAGCAGUUGCAAAUUUUGCAUAAAAUUCAAAAAAAUUCACAGUGUACAUAGAUCCACAAGAAUUUUAGACUUACUUGACAAGGACGAAAAAACGAAUAUAAAAAAUAUGAUUUACUACGGAAAGACAAUUCGAACGAGUAUAUUUUUGAAAAGUCCCUAUGAUGUUAAUGCUUACAAGAACUGCAGCACAUUUAGAGAAGAGGUGCACGGGGAGCAGGAGAAAGCUGAUGGAGGUUUGGAAAAUGGCAACAUUGAUGCGGAUAGGUCUCGAAAUAACAACAAUGUUCAUAAUGGACGCCUGAAUGGGGCUGAAGAACAUCGCGAAAAAGGAAGCAACAAUCGAAACUACAAUAGUGUGAAUGUGAAGUAUGUGAAAAAUGCUAGAAUGAAGAAAAAUGAACUAGAUAACACUAUCAACUCAGACUGCAUAGUUGAUAAUAGUGACUUAUUAUACGGAAGAAAAACAAAAGGAUUUCAUUUUAAAAAGAAUUAUAAAAAGUUGUUAAAGAAAUAUUUUUUGAAUGAUAUUGAUUUUUUUGGAAAAUGGAUAAAAAUGUUUUCUAUGAAUGCAUUAAAAAUACUAAUAUUUUGUUUGAGCAGUAACGAUAUAAUAGUAAGGAUGAUUAGCAUAAAAGGGUUAUCUAUUUUUUAUCAGUUGAUUGAGAAUUCUUUUGUGCUUUAUAAAAUUAGGAAGAAACUAAAUUCAUUUAGGAGGUCAAGUACUAGUGCAACAAGCAAGGAUGGAGAAAACUUUAGGAAAAAAUGGGAAAAUAACUUUUCUCACACAUAUAUUAAUAGUAACAAUACGUACAGUAUUAAUAAUGGCUAUAACAAUAGUGGUGGUAUAAGGAAGAAAGAAAGAACACUAAUAAUUCCAUUCAAAGAAUUAUUUUAUCUAUUUUUUUUUAUGAAAAAAUUAAAAUAUUCAGUAGACCCCAAUUCUUAUUACAUAAAUCCAUGUGUAUCGUCCUAUUCUUUCUUUUUAAUAAACGAAAUAUAUAAGAAAAAUGAGCUAAAUAAUACUUUAAGAAUUUUGAUUAGAAACAAAACAUUUUCACUUCACUUUUUCCAUGCAUAUUUGAAUAAUGAGAUUAAAAAAACAAAUUUUAUGUCCCUAAAUAUAAUCAACUUUUUUAUUAUUUCGACGCAAGCACUGUUAUCAACGAGCUAUGAUUUGAGGAGGAAUGACAAAGAUAUGGUGGUGCACGCAAAUUACACGGAUCAGGAGCAGUAUCCAGAAGUAGGAUUACAACAACAUCAGAUGGACUAUGCAAGAUACUCAACGAAUUAUGGUAACUCGCAUAAACAGAAUAUCUAUUAUAGGGAUGAUGAUACAACAUACCAAGAAGGGGGAGGAUACUCGAAACAAAAAAAUAACAUCAUUGACAGAAGCUUUUUCGCUACAUCAAACAUGAACCAUAGAAUGAUAUACGAUUUUCAAAAUGAUGAUAAUGAUGUGGAAGAAAUGAAUUAUCAAAAUGAAAAAGAUGUACAAAAUAAAACAGAUAAAGAAGAAACUGUAGAUAAACUGCAUUAUAUUCAGAUGAAUCACAAAAAUGCAAUAAAGACGAUUCUGAACAUAUUAAAUAAAAAUAACAUUUUUGAAAUAUAUUUAACCAUAUUUUUUAGUAAUCAUUUAAACUACAACAUGUUGAAAAAAUUUUUAAUUUUGCUUAUCACUUCUAGUAGUGUUCUACCCAUUGAGUAUAUGAAGUUUGAUUGCACAGAGAAAAAAUCUGAUUUUCUUAACGAUGAAGGUACUCAUAGGAGCAAAAAAGAGGAAGAAGAUAAUAAUAAUCAUAAUUUCAAUGAUACAUUUGCAAAUGGCAUUGGAUAUGUUAAUGAAUAUGAUGAAGGUCAAGAAAUUAGUCGAGGCUACGUAUACUAUAAUGAAAGCCGAUUUCAUGAGAACACCAAUACCCGAUACAAUAAUAGGAACAACACCCAGGAAGGGGGUGAAGAUAAGGACACAAAAAGAGAUAAUAUGGACAAUUGUGAUGUGGCGUAUUAUGCUAAAAACAACUUUGUUAUAAAAUUGAUAAUAAAAAAUAACAUUUUGUUGUGGAUAGAUCGGGUGAUGCAUCAGAAACUGUUCCAAGAUGAAAUAGCAUUCUAUUACCCAUCCUCCUUUAUGUUUCCCUUAUUAAAUUUUUACGAUUUGUCAAAUGAAAACGAGAAGCUUUACAUGAAUAUCUUAAUUGAUGAAAUAGAAUUCCUAGAAGGAAAGGGAGUCGUCGAACCCAUAGCUUUUUCACAAAAAAAUAACACCAAUUUUAGUUCUAACACGAAGGAACCAUAUGUGAAUAAAGGAAUUAACAAAAUUGAGAGAAGAGAAGAAGGUAAAGUAAAUGGAGACCCCGAAAUGAAAGUGGGAAAUAAAAAAACGAGGAAGAAUAACAUGAAAAGCCACGAGACGAAGAAGUGUUAUGAUAUUUAUACUUUCUCCAACCAGACAUACAUAGAAAAAAUAAUUAAAAAUCGCUACAUAAUGGGAUAUAUUUUUAAAGAGAGCUAUGAAAAAACAUCAGAAAUAUUUUUCUAUCUAACUAUGUUUGUAAGUAACAUUGUGUCGAAUUUGUUUUACCCAAGUGUAGACUAUUCUUAUGUAUUUACAAAUGUACUAUUGAGAAAUGAAAAAAAAAAAAUAAUAAAAUUUAUAUUAAAUAAUGCACACAAAAUAUUGCAUAAAAGAAGGUACACUAAUAACGAUGAUAAAUUCGAAUUGUGGAAUUUUUGGUACAGCAAUUUUCAUAAAUAUAUUUCUAUAAAAAUUAGAAGCACUGUACUAAUAAGUAAGAAAUCCAAUAGUUUUAGAAAAACCAAUUUAAACAUUUUUUCAAAUUUGAUAAAAAUUAUGAAAAAUUUGAAUCGGAGUUUGUAUUAUAUUUUUAUAAAUUUAUUUCAUAAGGAAUAUUUUAGAGUCUUCAUUAAUUUUAAGAGUAAUGAGAAGAAGGAAGAAAGAAAGAUCAAUAUAGAUAACACAAUUAACUUGAAAAAAUAUAAUAAAAGUAAUAUGAAGGUAUGUUUGACCUUUAUUAAGUACAUAUAUCUCAUAUUUAAUAAUUUAUUCAGCAUAUGCACAAGUUUGUUCGAUCGGGGAAUAUCAAACAAGGACUUUAUGCAAAAUUCGAUUUCAACCAAAGUGGUUGUAGAUGAGUCUUUUGUGCAUGCAGAUAUAAGUUUUAUUGUCAACGAGGUGAUGAUUUUUCUGGAAAAUCUUGUACUCCUUUAUGUCUACUUUAGUUCUAGCAGUUCACGUGCUUCGCCUGUUUUGCACGGUUUGCACCCCUUGGGUGGUUACAACACAACGGAAUAUUUACCGCCCAGGAGAAAACAUGAAGAUAAAACUGUGCCUAGGCAUAGAGACCAAAAGUUCAUCGAGAAGUACUACUUGCAUAUACACGAAACUCUACUAAAAAAGACACAUAAAAAAUCAGCAAAUUUUUCAAACUAUCAUUUUUAUCAAAAAAUAAUUCUGUUAGUUUUACAUAUGAUAUAUAAAAAUUGUUACAAGGAAAGUAAGCACUUUAGUUAUAUCUUUUUAAAUAAAUUAAUUACACUUUAUCAUUUUUUGGAAGGCACAAGCAGAGCGAAAAUUUAUUUAUACAUUUAUGAGCUCUUUAGAAUAAUCAAGAAAGACCCUCUACAGUCUUUACUCAAUCAUAUUAUUUGA